CAUACCCAUACCCAUACCAUAGCAUUGUUCAUCAACAACAUAACUUUUCAAAACAGUUUUUGCAUUGUAUCAGUUAGAUAUCUCUGUAUACAAUACUUUCCUCAUGAUAUAACAAAUAUCAAUAUUUGGGUGCGAUGUCAAGUCAAGAUGCAUCCCUUUUGCCCGACGCGUCGAUUCACCAAGCGCGUCGACGAUCUGCUGUCUUGACUCCAAGCUCACAAGCAAUUGGUCAAGAUGAUAUAGCGAGUCUAGGGAGUAAGAAGCGGAAGAGAGAUGGCAAUUCUUUGGAGGAUUUGCUUAAGGAUACUUUUAUUGUUAAGGUAGGCAGUAUAACUGAGUGUUUUCGCGGCAAUAUAUCUUACUAUUUAAAAAUAGCCAUAUCCAUCUAAAGUCAACACUCGACCCCGGAGCCUUCAGCCUUUAAUACUAUUAUCGCGAUCACAUCUACCUCUUUCGUAUCUGGAUAUUGGAUCUACAACUAGUCCAUUGCCUCAAUCGCGACUUUUCGAGACUCAUGUUAAGAUAUUGGAAUUGGAGGAACGAAUGGGAAAUCAGCCAAUGGUUCUCAUAGCUAGAUUGGAUGACAAUCGUACGUUAUACGCAGUCGAGAGAGAAUCGCGAGGAUUGUAUGUCAUUUUACAACUCGGUUCUUGGAUCAACAUACAUCACUUGAAGUCUUCGGCUGUUGUCGCCCAGACCGAGCGCCCAGAUGUACCGGUGAAGGGAAUGCUUCUAGGCUCCGCCUAUUUGGGAACCUCGACAGAGUCAUUGAUCACACCAGAGGGGAGCAAAUAUAAUAAGAAGAAAAGACAAGCCAUCGAAGCGAUACAGUCUAUGAUCAAACGGCCAUCCACUCCACUAUUACCAGAGCCCCGACCUCGAUCAGUUGCUCCUGAAUCAUUACACGUACCCGAGGCUGAAAAUGUCUCCCAAGCAACAGUUUCUUUGCCCGCCUUGAAAACGAAAACACAAGCCACAGCUCCUGAGAUAUUCGAUAACAUCAGAAAUCAGUACUUCGAAUCACUCUAUCUCUCAAAAACCUCACUGGCAUAUUUUGCCAAAGGUCCGUUAUCACGAGCACGUGCGGCAUUCCACCUCGACUUUGACGCAAAUCUCGAUAUGAAUGAUCACAUUGCAUUUUUAGAAAGCCUUGUACUAUCUAGUACUCUUCUCGACAAGAAGUAUCGCGAUGGUGUACCUGCCUGUGUCUCGGCCAUUGAUAUCCACGAUGAAAGUGCCGACGAUGCGACAGUUAAACCCAAAAAAAGAAAGGGCAAUAAAAAGAUGAAACCUGGAAAGAAUGGUUUGUACCCAAAUGAGGAAUCACUCAUUGGAAAAUGGUGGGUUGGUCAUGAUGAGGACAUAGAGUCCGGAGCUCCGGGAUCAUCGAAAGACGAGAUGGCAAAAACUCGCAUAGCCAAUUUACGUAUUCGCGAAACGCAACUUCAAAUGAUUGUGAUUCUUGAGAUUCUUGCUCUACAACCUCUAGCUUCGACAACAGAGAACGUGGAGGGAGGCUUACCAAGUCUACCAAGUUAUGAUAUUAUUCAAAGCAAGGAACGAACACCCAAAACUAGAAAACAGGACCAUCUCACAAUGCUCAUUGAUGUCCAUAUUGAUCGAUUAUGCAUUUGGCAGUCCAUUGCAACUGAAGCCAUCAAAGCUCCGGAAACAAGCUCAGAUCCAACAGCUGCCAAAAGCGUAAAUCACACUGACAAUAUCCUCAAGGAUUUUUGCAUAGAAGUCAUUGCGCCUUUCUUCUCAGCACGUCUCCCUGAUCGUUGUGAUGCCAUAAAUCGUAAACUUGGAGGACCAAUUACCAAAUCGGCUUCAAAACCUAGGAUUCCUAAGUCUGCAAGUUUCUCAAAUACACCUACUCGACCGGGGGCAGUCAUUAAGCGUCCAGUUCCUGCAAAGCAAAGAAAAAGUCUUCAACGUGUGUUGACAGAUGAUAGAGAGAGACGUAGUAUGUCAAUAGGGUCAAACAGAGCCAUUUCUUUAAUGAGGUCUGCCACCGAUCCCACCAUUCCUGGUCUUAAGAGAGAGGCCAGUGAGGCACCAUCCUUGUCUAGCAUACCCUUUGUCGAGUUCAAACCUCUUCAUGCUAACAGAGGUGGAGUUUUGAAUUCGAAAAGAUUUUCACAAAGAGAGAUUGAUAUGAGUACACUUGCCCCAGACGCUAACUCAAAAGCAAAGAAGCAAGCUGCUAUUGAUGCAGAGUUGAAAGAUGCCAUUUCAGCACUCAAAAAGCCAAAUCGUGAGCUAGCUGGAAAAUCCUUGGUCGAGACUGCUGAACGAAGAUCUGCCUUGGCUGGACAUCCGCGGAAGUCCAAAAAGCCCAUCAGGAACCCCUUAUUCCAAGGAUCUCAACCGGUACAGAUCAAGGCCACACCCAAGAAUAAUCGUCGGAAAGAUGUGUUCGGUGAAUCUCAAUCGACUCUUAGUGGAUCGAGGGAUUUUGAGCAGAUGAAGGUUGGGCUCAUUCCUCCAUCAAGCGUACCCACCAUACCACAAUCCAAGGUUCGUCCAGCAUACGGCCAAGAUCCUUUUCGGGAUUCCGUACAAGCGACUCCAAGUCGCAAAUCCUUUUUUACAGCAUCUAUACACGCGAACAAUUUCAAAAACUGUGAUACCGAUUAUGCAAUACCACCUUCUUCACCAUUGCAAAUGCGUCGCCCCAGCGCACAACUAUUCAACAGUAUUCCCGAAUCUGUGGUAAAAAGACCUGUCUCAGCUGGCCCACGAGGUAUUUUGGAAACACCAAUAAAAAGAUCUUCAUCCUCCAUUUUGUAUAAUGGCAUAGAAGAAACACCACUGAGAGAAACGCCAGUCAAGGAAACACCUCUGGGGAAGAUAUCAGAGUGGAAAUUGGGCCACACUCAUCCUUUUGGCCCUUCACAUCACGACCAAGAGAAUUUAAGGGAAGUGCCAGUAGCACUAGAAAAGACGAAACCUACACAAAUUUAUAAGAAAGAGGUAUCAUACUAUGAGGCGUUAGGGUGGAAUGAUGAUGAUAUUGAUGACUUGGCAUGAAAUGAUUACAUUUGACAGGAGUUUUUUCACUUGGACAUAAAACCAUGGCUCUGAGGAUGGUUGGGUGAUUGCACAGGGUUUAGCAUAGCAUUGGCGUAUUGUAUGAGCGACUCACAACUUCGUUACAAUUGCACGCAAACUUACCUAGUAAGUAAAUAGUUAAGAGAUAUGAAUACAUGAAUACAU